AUCCAAGAUGAGCAAUGUUAUCGCUAUCGAUGAUAAAUAUCGAUAUUUAUCGAUAUUUUGUCUGAUUCCAAUGUUUAAAUGAACACAUGAGUCUCAUUUUGAGUGAAAUUAUUGCCAUGUUUUGUGUUCCAGGUGAUCGUCUCUGUGUUGCUGAUGAUAAAAAUCUCGGAGGUAGAGGCACUUUCUUGAAAGGAUCUUACAUUUAUGCUGCUCUCGCGGGUAAAGUUAAUAUUAUUGAAAAUAAAGAUGAGAACAUUUUUGAAGUUAUGCCCCAUGGCAAUUUCGUCCGUAAAAUUCCCCAAGUCGGUGAUGUAGUUACCUGCCAAGUAGAAAAAAUUGUGUCCAAUCAAUGUAAAUGUUUAAUCAAAUGCAUCGCUGACAGUGUAUUGAAACAACCAUUCAAGGCAAUAAUACGAAAGGAAGAUGUGCGUGCCACUGAUAAAGAUAAUGUUGAAUUAUACACUUGCUUUCGACCAGGCGAUAUUAUCUUAGCAAAAAUCAUCGGACUAUCUGAAUCUGGGUAUUUACUGUCGACAGCAUCCAAUGAGUUUGGAGUGGUUAUUGCUCGUAGUGAAAAUGGUGUUUUAAUGGUUCCAGUAUCAUGGACUGAGAUGAUGUGUCCCGAAUUUAAAGUGAAAGAAACUCGCAAGGUUGCCAGAAUAGCUAUCGAAUCAGAUUCGAAUGCUUCCACCAGCUCUAAACAAUCAAAUAACAGUUAACUUCAGCAUUGUGUUAUCUGUAUGAUAAUUAGUAUUGAAGAUUUUUAAAGUUUCUUUAAUGUGACUAUGAGUGGUUCGAAUCAUUCUGCCAAUUUGAAAUUGAAUAAACUUGUUGGUCAACUCAAAA